AUGGUCUGCAUAGUCGUUUGCGAUCCCGUCCGGCGAACAGUCUUGCAAAGUGUUCUGAAGUGUUAUAGGUCUAUUCUCAACAUAAUAUUUUGUCUAAAAAUAACAACGAUUCCGAAUUAAAACAUACCGAUUUUUUCGUUUGUCAGGAAUAUAAUAUAUAUAUCGUCUAGUUGUAUAAUUUCUAUUUUCAUAAAUCUAAAACUAUUCAAAAAUAUGAUCCGUUGUCAGAUGUACGCGAUGGUCGUCUUUGUAUUCGGGUGUCUCGUCUUGUUACCGGACGGCAGCAAAGCUAUCAAUUGUUGGGUGUGCUCCACGGACGCGGAUCCAAAGUGCAACGAUCCGAUGAACAUGACGGCUAAAGGUGCGAUCGAAGACUGUAGCAGAGCGCCGCAUUCAGCUUUCUUGCAGCCCGUGUGCAAGAAACAAAAACAAAGAGUGAACGGUGAGCUGUUGAUAAUCCGAUCGUGUGCUUGGGCAUCGGACAGCCGAAACGACGAUGGCCCAUGCGCUAUUAACACUCCCGCAAAUAUACGAAUUGAACACUGCAGCACGUGCGACCAGGACCUUUGCAACGGCGCAGUGAUCAUUGGAGGCUACACCGUGAUCCUGACCAUUAUUUUGGCGAUUUCAACCCAUUUCGCUAUCUAUUAACACCAGCUUAUUUUUUUUUUAUUUUAGAACGAGUCCUUUUCCGCCUUAACAAAACGGUCAUACGAUACUCACGUAGGUAUGUGGAACACAUUUUUUAGGUAUAUGUAGGUAUACUGUAUAGAUUUUGUAUGUUCAUAUAUAUUAUAUUAUUUUAAUUUAUUCGAUAUUAUACAUCUUUUUUUUAUGAUUAUUAUAACUACAUAGAAGGUUAAAAAAGUAUGAUAUAUUUAAUUUAAAUAGGUAGGUAACAUAAUUUUAAUUAUAAGAAAUUUUAUGAUUUACAUAUAUUAUAUCUUAACUACAGUCCUAUAAAUAAGAAAUUGAAAAUGGUUACUAAGAAUUACAUUUUUAUAAUUUAUCAUUAUACCUAUGCCUAUUUUCUUUUUUUCCUUUGCCUUUGACUUUAUUCUUUUUAUGGGGUUGGCCACCCUCGUCCUAAACAUCCAUUGGAUUUUUUAUCCCUAUACAUUAUACAUUUAUAAUUAACUAUUAUUUAAAUGUUUGUUUUGUUAUUUAAUGUGAUUUAUUAAUAUUAAUUAAAAAUCUAAGUACCACAAUUUUUUUUUUUUUUGAGUUAUAGGAUUACUUAAGUAUUUUAUAUGAUUAUAUUAUUUAGUAGGUAUAGAAUAAGUGCGCUAUUUCAUUUUUUAAAACAGUACCUAAAAGUAAGUGUAAUGCAUUUUUUUUUAAUUUUUAAAUAAAACCAUUUACACAAUGUUAUACUUUAUUUUAAAACAUAGAUUAAAUAUAAUGUACUUUAAUAUUUAUGGGUAUCUAUAGGUACCUAUAAUAAUAAUGAUAAAUAAUAAAAUUAUAUACAGGUUAAACUUGCCUUCUAUUUUUUUUUUUUUUUUUUUUUUUUUUUUUUAAUUUUAUUUAAUAUUUUGUAUGAAAUAUGAAUGGACCAUUUUGUUUCAAAUGGGUUUAGGUUAUUAUUUUAAGUUGUAUCAUUAUAAGUUAAACCACGUGUUUUUUUAUACUAUUACGUAUUAUGAUAAUAGGGAAAGUGUAACCGACUUUAAACGUCUUGUAAUAAUAAGACAAUCAUGUUUUGGCCACGCUAAAAUUAUUGCUGUUUAAACUUGCUUUUGGUUUCUUUUUUAUUUAUUAUAUAAAUAUAAGUAUAUAAUAUAUUCGUAUUAUAUAUAUA